AUGGAGUCACAGACUUGGAAUACUUCAUACACGACGGACAGUCAAAUAAAUGGCCAAUUGGCAGGCAAUACUCCUGGCAAGUCCCCCUACUAUGUUGAAUUGGAGCAUGCAACAUCAAACUCGACUCAGUCACAGCAUACAACGCCGCAUCUCAAUAAUAAUUCAAAUUACUCAACACCAGGUGACCAAAGUAGUAUGAAAAGAAACACUCCAGGGCCAAAUCAAAUGGGUACUCCUCUUCAUUUCCAAUCAACCACGCCAUCAAAUUUCACUGAAUCAGAGCAGUUAUUUUUGCAAGAACUAGAGGAGAAUAUGUAUGAACACCAACUGGUUCAGCAACAAAUUCGGUCGCAAAGUCGACUUGGUGGACACGAUCAAGGGCAACAGGGGCCUCUGCCAGGUAACUUCCGUUUGGAUGCCAUAGCGACGCACCAACCCAUGGACAACCAAAUGAAUUUCGACCAAGAAGCGCAGGAAGCUUCAUUUCACCGUCACAAUUCUACUCACCCGGGACAUCAGCAUACUGUAUCUAAUAUGUCUACACCCAAUGGUGGUGUUCCGGUUUUACACUCUAGUGUACCACCACAACCACAGUCACAACUGCAACUGCAACAACAUCACCACCCUCAUCAAUCACAGCAACCACCGCCACCGCCACAACAUCAAUUUGAAUUUGGACUUGACAAUUUAAAUUUCAUGAUCCCCGAAGAAUUGAAUUUUGACACUGAACCUGGCCAUGUUUCGUCAGCAUUUCCUCCCAAGGUCCCCACGGAACAAACUCCUAGCUUGUUAGCCAUAAAUGCCAUGAAAAAGGAAGAGCAGCGUAGGAAUGCAGAAUUUUCUUCACCUAUACUACCGGGCCAAAAUGAGAAACUGUACAACAAACACCAUCUUUACCAUAGGCAAAAUUCACUGGGAAAAGUGUAUUCAGUGAAUCAUGAUGAUAGUGAUCAACAACCACAACCGCAACAUGUGCGUCCAGAUGCUGUAUUCACUCCCUUGGUCAGUCCAGCAGUGACACCAUUGGAUAAAGGUGCCAACGGACCUUCCUUCAAUCAGAAGCAGCAGCAACAACAACAGCAACAUCAUCAUCAUCAGUCGCCGGCAAAUAUCAAUUUUGAACCCUUGACUUCGCCAGCAUUGAAUGCACAACAAUCAUCGGAUAAACGAAGAAAAUCAAGUUCGGUGUAUGCACCAUCUUCAGAGGAUCAUAGAUAUCAAAACAAGAGAAGAACACCUCACGGAACUCCCGUUCUUGCUGCUAGUAACAAGAGCUAUAUUUCACCCUCAGCCAAGGCCAAAUCUUCUACACCAUCAGCUACUGAUCAACUUGAGAAAUUGCCCCAGUCAUCGAUACCCGAGUCCAAAGUGAAUACUAAUGAUACGGAAAUGUUACCACCAAGUGGGAAACCCCGAGAGAUUAAUGAGCCACCAUUAAUGGGCUUCACUAUGGGAAGACUAGCUGAAGUGGAAGAGAAAAAUCAACCAAAAGGAAAGAAACAACAGCAGCAGCAGCAGCAGCAACAGCCAAAGAAGAGCAAAUCAGUAUCACGUAAAUCGUCGAUUUCGAAAUCAUCUUCUUCGGGAGAUAGCAGCGCAUCAUCGUCGCCAAAAUUAACCAAGAAACCUGAAAAAUUGUCCACGAAAAAGGCAUCACACAAAAUAGCAGAACAAGGACGAAGAAAUAGAAUGAAUACCGCCAUUGCUGAUUUGGCAUCCUUGAUCCCACAACUGUAUCAUGAUGAAAUCAGCAUUCCGUCUAAAGCAACAACUGUGGAAUUGGCCUCAAGGUAUAUCAGAAAGCUUUUAGGGGAUAUUGAAAACUUGAAAAGUGAUGCAGAACAAGGCGUAAAUGGGGCUGAAGAGGAGAUACGUGGAAAUGGGGAGCUUGUAAUUGAAGGUGAAGUUAGUGAUUAA